GAAUCUCAAAGUGGGAGUAUAAAAACUGGGUUGACAUCGCUCUUCAUUCCGCUUUUUUUUUCUUCAUUCUCUUCAUCGCUCAUUCCCCUCAUUCCCCUCAUCCCCUUCUUUUAUUUUAUUUUUCCCAUACAAAAAAUCACUAUACAAACAUGACUUCCCCAAUUGAGAUCGUCCACAUGUCCCCUGAGGACUACCGCAAGCGCAAGGUUGCCCUUAUCACCGGUAAAUUGAUCAAAUGCUUCUCCCUUCAAUGGUCCUUCAGAUCCAAGGAUCGACAAAAAAAAAUAAAAAUAAAAAUUAAAAAUUAAAAAUCGACGCGAAUCAUAUCUCCUCUAACUUUAAUAUGUCACCUUCAAAAUCUCCAUUAGGUAUCACUGGUCAAGAUGGCUCCUAUCUUGCCGAACUUUUGAUCGAGAAGGGUUAUCAAGUCCACGGAAUCAUUCGUCGAUCAUCUUCCUUCAACACCGGCAGAAUUGAACAUCUCUACAAGGAUGCCCAUGAGAACCCCAAGAUGCGCCUUCACCACGGUGAUUUGACCGACUCAACUUGCUUGGUUCACAUCAUCUCCAAGGUCCUCCCUACUGAGAUCUACAACUUGGGUGCUCAAUCCCACGUCAAGGUCUCAUUUGACAUGUCCGAGUACACUGCUGAUGUCGAUGCCGUCGGAACUCUUCGUCUCCUCGAUGCCAUCCGUACCUGCGGCCUUGCACACCUCGUCCGCUUCUAUCAGGCUUCUACAUCAGAAUUGUACGGACAGGUCCAGGAAAUUCCUCAGAGCGAAACCACUCCCUUUUAUCCUCGCUCUCCUUAUGGUGUCGCCAAGAUGUAUGCCUACUGGAUCACAGUCAACUACCGUGAGGCCUACAACAUGUAUGCUUGCAACGGUAUCCUUUUCAACCACGAGUCUCCUCGCCGCGGUCGCACCUUUGUGACCCGUAAGAUCACCUGCGCUGUCGCAUCAAUCAAGUUGGGCAAACAAGAGUGCCUCUACCUCGGUAACUUGGACGCGAAGCGUGACUGGGGCCAUGCUCGCGAUUACGUCGAGGGUAUGUGGAGGAUGCUUCAACAGGAAAAGGCCGAGGACUUUGUCCUGGCAACGGGAGAGAUGCACACUGUCCGUGAGUUUGUUGAGAAGUCAUUCAAGGCCAUUGGCGAGACCAUCCGCUGGGAAGGUGCUGCGGAGGAGGAGGUCGGGUUCGAUAGCCAGGGUAAGAUCCGUGUUCGUGUCGAUCCAGCCUACUACCGUCCUACAGAGGUUGAGUUGCUUUUGGGUAACCCUGCCAAGGCUGCUGAAAAGCUUGGCUGGAAGCGCCAAGUUGAGUUUGAUGCCUUGGUCGAAGAGAUGGUCAAGGCUGAUUUGACUGGUGUUGCUGCUGGUGAUGUCUUUAACUAAACAAAAAAAAAAAAAAAAAAAAAAAAAAAACAUCCCUUUGUAAUUUAUUCCUCCUGUUUUUAUACAUAGAAGUCUUUAAUUACGUUCAUACCCUCUCCAUCCUUGAACUAAAAACUCGUUUUUUGUAGAAAGCAUUUAAUUAAU